AUGCCUUCACCAACGAUAGAAAGCUUGCCGUUCGAGAUUCUCGAUCUGAUUAUAUCAUUUAUACCCGUCGUUGACUACUACAGCAUAAAGCUUACAGGAAGCCGUCAUCUCACUAGCGCUAUUCGCCGACGGACUUCUAGCAUUUCUCGCCAGGAGUAUGCCACUCUACUUCAGCAGCAAGACGGCUACGGUAGUUUCAAGAUAGUCCCGAUUCGGACUGCACUUACAAUCACCAUCCACCGAGGGAGUGAAUCCAUCGUUCGACGCUACAUAGACCGAUAUGGUGGCGCCAAAACCCGGCCACUCAGCCGUGAAAACCGGACAUAUACCACUGCCUUCCAUAUGGCGGCAUAUCACGGUGCUACAAAUAUCCUCAGCCUCCUUAUGAGUCGGAUCAAUCUCAGAUGCCGAAAGACCGGAAACACUGCACUUCAUCUUGCGGCCGGGCACGCCAAACUUGAGGCAACCAGACUGUUGGUAGAGAACGGUGCUGAUAUCAAUGCUAUCAACUUUGAUGAGAAAACCCCUCUUAUGAUGGCGCAGAAAUCAGGGCUUAAGAAGGAUGUUGUCCGAUAUCUACGAAGCCAGGGAGGAUGUGUAUCUGUAGAGGAGGUUCUGAAGCAACAUCCCUCUAGAACGUUUGCAGAUUUAGUGUGGAGGUGUACCGAUGAACCUGUAACAAUCGGAGAUAUGUUCUAUUGGGUCGUAUUCUAUCGAGAUUGGGAUAGGAUGAAGGUUAUACGCGCGUUUGCUAACUAUCUAGACACACAACAAAGUCGGGGCCCGGGGCCAAAUGAGCGACGUCAAAGGAGCUUAGUUUCCUUUGCCACAGUCAACAGGGUGACACAUGUCAUUCAAGCGUUGGUAGACGAUGGAUUCUGUAUCAAUUCCUGGACUGACCCCGGUGGCCACAACCUCCUCCAUAUUGCCGCCCGCUCUGGAGAUGUCUCGUUGGCAGAAAUGCUUCUUAAGAACGGAAUAGAUCCUAACCACCGCUGCCGAAAUGGAAUGACACCCUUACAUAUGGCCGCAUAUACAGGCGCUAUGCCCGUCCUCAGGGCGCUCAUACGGUCUGGUGUUUCGGUGAAUCUGGCAGAUGGUAAAGGACGGACGGCCCUGCAUUGUCCGCGCCUCUGCUACACCAAUUUCGUCGCCACCCUUGUCGACGAGUAUGGUGCCGAUACUGAAGCGAAGGAUAAUAAUGGUCGAACUCCCCUCCAUUACGCCAUCAUCAAAAAGAUGCCCGACAUUUUCAUGGAUCUCCUAAACAUAGGUGCCGAUAUUAACGCCCAGGAUCGAAGGCUUGAGACGCCUCUUAUGCACGCCAUCCGGAGACGUUACAUAUACUCCAUCGGUGUAUUGAUGCAACGCGGCGCAGACUUUACUUUGUUAAACGUAAACGGCCUGAAUGCUAUGGAAAUGUCGCCCUAUACCUAUGCUCUUGGGAUGAUUCUUUGGAAUGGCCAUAACCCCCAGCUCAAGGCAAAGAAGGCUACGAUGGAACUUAUCCGUCAAACAAGGGUGGACCAGGACCAGGACGUCUCUUCAUCUAGUGAUUGA